UACCUGGUCGAGCAGGCGGUCACGUGACGCGCGCGUUUUUUACGUUGUAAAAGCGCCAUCCGCGCCACGGCGAGAACCGCGCCUUGCGAUCAAGCUCUUCUCGGACGCUAGUCUUGAAGCACGGCGCGCAAGAAACGCGCACGAAGACGACGCCGCGCUUUUGUUCGCGACCGUUAAGAAAACCGCGGCAGAACGCGUCCCUCGACAUCGAUUCGCCGUGGAAAACUAUUGAUUUUUCGCGUGUAGAGGAGUGAAUUCAUGCGAGGUGCGCCUGCUGCAUUGAAUUCGAAAAUCUAGCGAAGAAAAGAUGCGUGGUGCGUGUUGUUGUAUUGACAUAACUUAGUGCGUUUGUUUUGGGCAUGCAAGCAAGAGCAGAAGAAGGAAAAAAAAGUUCAAGCGUGCGUGAUUUCGACGAUCGCAUAGGAAAGUGAGUGUGCACAGCAUCGCCAACAAGUUUCGGAUUUGAUUGCACAACACACAAACCUAAAUAUCGAAAACAAUCGCAACACAAUAAGAAAAGGCAAUACAAUCAUUCGCAGAUUGUAGUAAAACUACAAAAUAAAUUGAUUAAUACCUAAAUGAUGAUUCAUUAUCUCAUUUUAUCUUAUCAGAACAUUAUCACUUUAUUGAUUUAGUCAAUGUUACACAAAACGAGUGUUUAGUGAUUAAAUAAAGUUUGCAAAGUUAACAGGUGCUAAAAUGUAAAGAUUGUUGGUAUAUUUGUGAAAAAUAAACACGUCUACGUGAAAAUGGUGCGAAUAAAUAAGAAAUUUUCAAUAUUUGGACCCUUAAAUUUGCAAAGAACGUUAUUUUUACUAGUGUGGACUUUUAUACUGGUGGUGAGUGCACAGGUGGACUAUAAUCCAAAUUAUCGAUACAACUAUGACGAUAACAGAGAUCCCAACCGACCAAGUGGGAAUAAUCCCGGAAAUAAUUAUGAUUAUAACCGAAAUAUAAACAAUUAUAAUACAAAUGAUGGUAGAGAUGACUACAAUCGAAAUAUAAAUGAUUACAAUCGGAAUACGCACGAUUAUGGCAGAAAUCAGAAUGGUAACAAUGAUUACGGACAAAAUCAGCACAAUUUUAAUCGAAAUCAAGACGAUUACAACCGUAACAACUAUAACCAAUACGAUUAUAACCAAAAUCCUUUAACUCCUGUUAUUGCCAAUCAUCCUGCGGCUACAGAAGUACCUGUACAAGUUGAAAACCGUGAAAAUACAAAUAUAGACGUGACUCCGAAUCCAGUACAAUCUGAAAUCAAUCCAGAUCAAAAUUAUGAUAAUCUUCACGCAGGAGGACGUUCCGAAAGCGUCAGCGAAACUUCAAACUCCAAUUCUGAUUUCAUGGAGCAUCGCGAGUUAGAUCAGGAUAAGGAUAUAUCCAGAGGUGUAACUGAACAUGCAGGUGGGACGAUUGUUAACGACCGAAUUGUGUUCGAACGCAGCAAGAGCCCUUAUCUACUGAAAAAUGACUUAAUUGUCGAAGAGAAAGCGGAAGUAAUUAUUGAACCCGGGGUGGAGGUGCGAGUGGUGCCGCAAAUUGGUGUUACCGUUCGAGGAGUGCUUACAGCUGUGGGAAAUGAACGUGAACGUAUUACCUUUACCGCUGCGAAGGAACCCAAGGAGACCGACAUUCUUCCACCGGAUGUCAGACUCGUUGAUGGGCCCUCCAUCCUCGCCGGUCGCCUACAAAUCAAGCACAACGGCGAAUGGCGAAGCGUAUGCACAAAUUCACGCAAUUGGACAAUGGCUGACAUGAGUAUUGCUUGUCGCCAAUUGGGUUUCCAAGGGGGUACCUUCUUUAUGUGGCACGACCGCCAAAUGCCACUGCGUCCCCGCCUUCUUUUCGAGGAACCCAAAUGUCGGGGAAGUGAAGCCACACUCUACGAAUGCGAAUGGGGUAAUCGCCAGAUGGGUUCAGGUGUAUGCGACUACCAUCCAGACCUCGGGAUUCAAUGUCUACCACGUCACGAAAACCCUUCUGCUUACUGGCGAGGCAUCCGCUUUGAAAACGCAGUCAGUGAUAAAAUCCUAACACUUCAAAACACCCUCUACGUACCAACGUCUGUGUCCAAGUUGGAAUAUGUAACAAUUAAAUAUGCGGGUAACGGUAGAGAUCAUAAUACCACCAGUGCAGUUGAAGUUCUUGGAGUUCCACCAAUGAUGAAACACUUUGAAGUAACAAAUUCAGCUUAUAAUGGUAUCAAUAUUACACGUCCAGAAGCCCCAAUUACAAUUCAGGAUUGUCGCGUGCGGGAAAAUCGCGGUCAUGGUAUUUUUGUAAACUCCAGUUUUGGUUUAGCCCACAUUAGUCAUUGUAACAUAUCAGAAAAUGGUGCUGAUGGUAUCCACUACGUACACAAUGAAGAACGCCCUGAUGAAAACCUCGACAAGUCAGAUAUCUCUGAUUUUUGCACUCUUGCCACAUCAUCCAUGCAAACUUUUCCUAUCCAAGGGUUUAUGGAUCAAACCAUCUUCACUAACAAGCAAAAACAUUGCAGCAAAGUCUUCACUACCAGAUACGGCCAUAAAAUAACACUGCACUUUCUUCGAGCGCAGACAGAUCGUAACAACACUGCCAGAAUCGAAGUCUACGAUGGAAGCUCAACCAGUCAUAGACUUAUCACCUCAUUCAACAUCAGGAACAACACACGACCUCAGUCUGUCACCACUAUUUCUAACCAGAUCUACCUAAAAUUUACCGCGGAAGCUUAUUUAAAUAUGUUCCUGUAUAUGAGAUUAACUUCCGGCUUGGAUAAAGGUUACGACCUCAAUGUUACUCAUUCUGAUAUCUUUGAGAACGAAGGACGAGGUAUAGCUUUUGAUAACCUACGAUCCCAGUUACACAUUCACGAUUCAAGCAUCUCUAAGAACAAAUACGCUGCGGGUGUGCAUGUUACCAGUGGUGUAGGUGACGUGAAUGUAACAAGCUCAAGAAUCUCCUUUAAUGAAGGAGAUGGGAUCAACGUGACCUACACAGGUGGUGCCCGCAAUAUCUCCCGAAGUAGUAUCAGCAGUAACAAGGGAUAUGGUAUUGCUAUCUGGCUUAAUCAGACAAAGGAAACUGAGUACAUUGUUGUGAACCAAACAACGAUUGUACAAUAUUCUACAUUUGUGAAAAACUUAGAUAUUGGGAUAUUACACGGAAACUAUUGCGGGUUAUCUUAUGUGAAUAUAACAGGGAACACCUUUGAAGAAAAUCUAAAUGACGCCUUGGAGGUAUUAAGUUGUUGGUUGUCCAGUAACGUAUCCACGAGUUUACAGAUUGGUCACAACAUGUUUCUAAGAAACCAAAAGAUUUCCAUCAAAAUUAAACCGGCUUUGAAUUUGGAUGGAUACAUUGAGUUUAACAACUUCCUCGAAGGAACUUUUGGACAACUACUUAUCAAAAACAAACCGUUAGAGGAGUUUAACUUCUUGAAAACCAACCUGCACGUGCAAAAUAAUUACUUCCGGAAGAAUUCUGGACUGUUUGUGUGUAAUAUGGCUUUAUCUCCAUAUUCCGAAACCCAACAUCUGUUGUUUACUAAAAAUUUCGUGCAGGAUAAUUAUAUAUCCGAACCGUUCGUUCCGGAAGACGGUUCUGUUUCUAAAUUAAUACCCAGGAGUAGAGUUGCUGCACCAUUAGUUGUUGGAUCUUACAAUGUGAAGAUAUUUAGAAAUAUAAUUGAAAAUCCACGCUCAAAAUACGAAAUAGGCAGCCAUCUUGAAGAUCAAAGCAAAGUCAUCAACUGCAGUUUUAACUGGUUGGGAUUCAGUGAUGACGAGAAGAUAUUCCACAGAUUGUUCCAUCGAUAUGAUAGAUACAACCUAGCAAGACUUACAUUUGUUCCUUAUUUGCUACACAAUACAAACUACAUGACAAAGAGGAUAAGCUCCCAUGAAUUGUAUAUUCCUCGCUUUGUAAAUCAAAAUUCUAACGUUAUUGGAGGAGAGAUAGAAGGAGAGGAAGUUCUUCAUCCAGGGGAUUAUGUCGUCGAAAGAGAUAUAUCUGUCCGACCAGGUGGGAAACUUACUUUGGAACCAGGGGUGACUAUAAAAUUCCCACCAGGGAUUGGUAUGAUGAUUGGGGGAUCCCUGGAAGCUAGAGGAAGAUAUCCUGAUAGUAUACGCUUUACUCUCAAGGAAGAAAUCAUGCAUCCUCCAGAAACCAAUACUUCACUUGAUGGUGAUGUCGAGUUUAAUCCAGAGACGGAAAUAAUUGAGGUGGAAAGUAAAAUACCAAUUAGACUUCUUGGCGGUAAGGAAGCCAUUGAAGGACGUCUGCAAGUCAAAAUAAACAACGAAUGGGGGACGGUGUGUAACUACGGCUGGAAUAUCAUCGAUGCUGCACUUGUAUGUCAUCAAUUAGGCUUGGUCCUAAACCCGGAUGAUUGGUUUUUGGAACCUAAUGAAAUUCCAGAUGCUGGGACGUCUGAGAAACCCAUCUUGACCAAUGUGCAGUGUGACGAAUUCGAUACAGACAUUACAAAGUGUAAAGCAGAAAGGUUAGGCGACUUUGAAAACUCCUGCACUCACGAAAACGACGUAGGUGUGAGAUGCUAUGAUACUUCAUGGGCUGGAGUGAGGUUUAGUGUUCUUUCAAAACGUGCAGAUCUUCAAUUUAUCACCAUAGAAAAAGCGGGUUUAUUAGAUUUUGCCACAAACAGUUUUAAACCAGCUUUGCAGAUUGAUUUUGCUCGACAUAACUUCGAUAGCAUUAAAGUGAAAGAUAAUUAUCACGAUGGUCUCGGUGUAAUGUACAGUGACAUCUACGGUGAAGAAAAUGUGAAUGUAGUGAAGAACUCGGAAUUCUCAAACAACAAAGGUGCGGGGAUAAGUUUCAAGCAGCUGGGUUUAAAAGUGCAAGCCAGUUUAAUCGAGGGCAAUUAUUUCGGAAUUCAACACAAUCCAGCGUUGACUGGUUUACAACAAAGGGAACUUGCAGGAUGGUUUAAUACCAUUGAUGAAGAACUGGAUGCCAAGUACACGCAAUCGUUCUGGAUUCCACAUGAAUUAGACACAAACGUUGUGGAGAUGACUCAUGGUAAAACCUGGUAUUUGAUCACUUCACCUGUAGCUGGUGAUGCCAUUAGAAGGUCUUACAAAUUCUACUGCCAGCCGGGAUAUGUUCUAGGCAUUCAACUACUUAAUACCAUACAGAAUAGAAGCACUGAGACUAUUUGGAUUCAUGACGCGCUGAGUUAUAAUAACAUGUCUGCAAUUUGGAGCGCAAAUCGGGACCUUACAGUAUUCCCCACAACUUCUAGCAGUCACGGGAUUAUCAUUGAUUAUGAUAGUGGUUCCAACAGCUUGGGAGGUGCAGUUAUUGUCCUGAGUUAUAUCAAUGCGCCAGUACAAGAUGUUUAUAAUCGAAUUGUAAAAGGUCCCAUUCCGACGUUGACGGUUCACAGCACAAAAAUUCGAGGAAACAACUACGGUGUCCACACAUCAUACUACAACAGAUACCUUAAUGAACUUGGAGAUCACUUCUUGAGAAAAGCUAAUGAAACUAUGAAGUUUUUAAAUUGUGAGAUAUCUCAUAACAAAGAAGAAGCUUUCUUCACUCACUCACCACAUUGGGACCUGCAUAAAAGCAAUAUUUCCGAGAUUACUUUCAUGAUCAACAACUCUUUGAUAACAGAUAACGGGAAGGGUAUCUAUCAGUUUUCAAGAGAUAUGAGGGCUUCCAACAAUUUAUUCCAUUAUAUUUUACAAGAUGAUACGAUUGAAAGAAACCGUGGGGAUGGUUUAGAUGUGUCUCUACCUUACGUCUGGCAAUAUAAUGAAAACUUUACCCAUUCUAUCUACAUGGAUAACAAUACCUGGAGAAAUAACAACAAGUUUGGUAUUACCAUUGAUGGUCACUUUGCAAUUGUAAACAUUACAAACUCGCAGUUCUUGGAAAACAAAUGCAAAACCAGUUUGAUAGCCAUUAAAGGUAUGGAGAAGAAAUUGAAGAUAAGAAAUAAUCAAAUUAAGGGUAACAAUGGUCGUCACAUGGUUGAAUUUAGCAGUGACAGUCAAUCAGAGAUUUUGGGAGAAGUCCCAGCUAGGUUUGUUUACAAUGAACUGAAGAACAACAAAUUUUUAUCACUAACCCGAGGAUUUGGCACAUUACAACUAUCAAAUACACCUACCAGUGUGAUUAUCUUUAAAGGCAUACAAAAAGUACGGAUAAAUCGAAACUUAUUCGCGAAUAAUGGUCAAGAUUACCAACUUAUAGCGGGUAUCAAAACUGCUAAACUUAGAAACGAUUUAGACAUCAGAGAAAACUGGUGGGGUACCACGAAUGAAAAAGAUAUCCAACAAAUAUUUGACUUUGAUGAUUGGAACAAUCACGCCGUUGCUUUGUUUAGACCUUAUUUGACUGAAGAUGACGUAAUGGGUUCACAUUCCGUUGGUUUCAGUACCACCGAAGAAGAAAUACCUGAAAAUUUAGGAGGAAGAUUGGAUAAGGAUCUGAUUUUGUUGCCCAGGGCUAAACCUUAUACUAUUACAGCUGAUAUCACUGUCAUGCCAAAGACAACAUUGAGUAUAGCCCCAGGAGUAGUGAUGGAGUUUGCUCCCAAUGUGGGCAUUCUAGUAUUGGGCACACUAAAAGCCCAAGGGUAUAGAGGAGGUGAGAUUACAAUGAGACCUCUUGGACAUGACCCAAACCAAAAAUCAGAAUACAAAAGCAUUGAAAGAAGGGAUAUCAAUCAAGUAAGAUUCAAACAACUGGAACAGUAUCAUUUGAUAUCAGAUUCCAUCAGGUUAUGUAAAGGGCGUGAUUGUCGGUCUGACAAAGAAGAUGUCAGCGAAGGCUUCUUGGAAUAUUUUAAUAAAACCACUUUACAAUGGAUCCCAAUGUGUGAUCCAAGGUUUACCGAGAGGAAUGCUCAAGUUGUUUGUCGUGAAUUAGGUUUUGAUUCACUAAGUGCCUUUUUCGAUCACGACAUCAGAAUUGAAUUCCAUUCAAAUUCUUUAUCACGAAUUUGGUCCUGGCCUGAACCCUUGCAAUGCAAAGGCACAGAAAAUCGGUACGACGACUGCCCAAUCAGACUAAACGGUCAACAAUAUGGUCACAGACAUAGGUGUAAAUGGAAUUCCAAGUUUGUUUUCGUCCACUGCGGUGACAAACCAAUUCAGGAGAAGGACUAUUGGGGUGGUAUACGAUUUGCACACCCUGAUUUUGAGAGUCAUAUGUUUGAGCACCGCUAUCACGACGUUCACAGUCACCAUGAAGUUCAAUCAGAAGAAAGUAGUCUGGAAUUCGUUAAUAUUAUCGGGGCUGGUAUCCUUCACAACGAAAAAAGUCCAGCGAUCCAGACAAUUGUAAAGAGUCCAAAGAUCAACUAUGUUCAUAUCAAUGAUAGUGCCUCACAUGGCAUCAACAUAAUUUCACCAUCAAACACCAUGAAUCUAGCGAAUAAUAUUGUGAAUAAUUCAUUGGGAAUUGGUAUAAAUGUUUUGUCACUAACCGGAGAAGGUCGGGAAGCUGAUGAAUCUUCAUUCACUCCCCUGAAAGGCAUCAACGUACCUUAUAAUUUAUUCUCGCUGAUUGAUAUCUGCGACACCAGUAAAGAAAUCCGCAUUGAAGAAAGGGUUUUGCUCUAUUACAAAUACGAUAACCAUCCUGUGAACUGCGUUAAGAUCUUCAAGAGUGCCUAUAGUGUGAAACCAAUUGGAUUCAGAUUACUACAGUUCAAUCUGUUUAAUUCUACAAAUAAAUAUGGAAUUCCUGACUUUAUUACACUAUACGAUGGUGAUAUUUAUAAUGUUACCUCCAAGGUUAUAACGAAAAUCACAAUGGAGUCAAAAGACGAUAAGAAAAUGUUUAAAACAAAAGAAUCCAGCAUGAGUAUUAAACUGUUUGCGAAUGGUGCUAGCAGUUUGCAUGGAUUUAUUGCUGAAGUAGUAACACUGCCAAUAAGCGCAAUUGGGUUCAACCGUGAUGUUCAACAUAAUAUAACGUAUUCAGUAAUACAGAAUAACCGUGAAGGGGGUUUAGUCUACGUCUCUGCCGGAGAAGUAAACCCCAUCGUAACCAUAGACAAGAAUCAAUUCCGAAGCAAUUGCGAGAAAUUAUACGGAAACUUUACUACCUGCAAAGCAGCAAUUGAUGUAGAUGUCCAAAACACCCAAACCCUUUUCUUCAGGAACAACUUAAUACAGUCAAAUCAAGGUGGUUUGGCAAUCAAGGCAGAUUCCCGCGGUUCAGCAACAUCCCUCAAGGGUUAUAUUCAUAACAACUUGUUUGUAAACAACACUAAUCUGCCUGCUUUAUACGUCGAAGGACGACAAUCAUCUCCGUAUCAAGAAGUUAUCAUAUAUCGCAAUUAUUUCACGCGUAAUUUUGCACGAUACGAAAACAACAUUGUCCUGAAACAAGUUGUCAGUAAUUUCACGCUCAACUAUGUACAACGAAACAUUGGGUUGCAGAAUCUUGAAGUGUCAGGUUUUGAUAAAGUUCGAUUGCCUAUUUAUCAAACCACAUCACAUAAUUCUUUCUAUAAUAAUUAUGCUAUCAAUCGAGACAGUCGUUCAACAAUCGUGGCUGGAACCGCUGGACAACACUACGUGGAUAAUAUUUUCUUUAAUCCGGAUAACGAUUAUGAAAUGAUAACGGUUAAUCGUUCAUUAUUUAACUUCAACAGUACUUUGGAAGUAUGGAAAACCAAAAUCGACGCAACUUACAACUACUGGGGAGUGAACACAACCAUAGCAGUAGCGGGUCGAAUCAGAGAUCAAUACGACGACCCGCGUUUAUUGGAAGUCAACUAUCAACAUUACUACAUGAACAAUGAGACCAUCCUCACUGGUUUGAAGUGCCCACCAGGUUGGGACCUCGUUGGGGACACAUGUUACAUUUAUAUCGGGGCUCCGAUGACCUUCCAUGAAGCAAGGGCUUUCUGUCAAGCAGACAAUGCUUCCAUGCCCUAUAUUAUAGGAAAUCUAAACUAUGUGACGUUGUAUGACUUCCUGAGGAAGCAACAACAAUGGUACCUGUAUUCCGACAAGGUCUGGGUGCAGCAUAUUGAUCGGAUUAACUCCUGUACAACCUUUGCUUAUCAAACAACGGAAGUGGACAAUUGCGAGAUACGAAAUCCUUUCAUAUGUGAAAUCGAUCCCAAGGUGUUUAUUGAUCCAUUGGUCUGGCGAGGUGACAUUGUAACAAUUGCUGUGAUCGCCGCUGUAGUUCUGGCAUUCUUGCUGUUGGCGCUUGUUAUCAUUUGCUGGUGGAGUAAAUCAAAGUAUCGACACGCCCAACGCUUGGAGAGACGAAAUAGCAUUCGUCAGAGUCUGCGUUCGCUGAGAUCGGUGGGAUCAACAACUGGUUUCUCCGAGUUUGGAUACGGCAGGAAAACAACCGGCCAAUUGAGUACUCGUUCAACUGAUACUUUAACAAAAGCAUCUGAUUACAAAAAGAUGCUCAGCAAUGGUUCCAUUGACAGCAUGGAGAAAUCCGCGUACAAUUCUUCAAUAGAAGAUAAUCAAUCCUAUGAUAUCUACGAAACGAAUAAUCCCAAUCCGUCCAGUUUCAGCUACAACACCACCAUCGAAUACCACAAACCCAAUUUCACCUCCCAACAACACCCACAAUACGCACAACCAAAUUUUAGUCUUGCGUUUAAGAAUGAAGGCUUUAAAGAUAAUUCAACUUUUGCCAGUAACUCCCGCGCUGCUUCCAUUCAGGAUGAAUCACCUCCUGUUACAUCCCACAAGAAUACCCCACCUUCAUACCCUCCCAGCGAGUACUACAACACGGAUACGCUCCCUUUGAACAGAGAUUCCACCAACACCUUGGACAACUACUACCAGCAGGAGAUACCAGCUCCAUCAACAGCUGGAAGUAGUUCCUCUAGAAGUGGUCGUCCCACUGGUACUUUCCUAGCGGAACUAAAGAGUCGUAUACCAUCAAACGAACAGAAAUAUCUGCAGCAUAGUCCGGUACCACCCCCAACGGUGCCACCUCCACAGGAAUACUACUAUGACAGAAGUCAUGAUCAUGACCGACCUAAGAGUACUGAAUAUGUUGAUCCCAUGGUCCUCAACAGUGGUAGCAUGAACACCAAUGGGUUACCAACCAGCAAGACACGCAGUAAGAGUGAAGCUCUACUCGAGACCAACUUCGAUUACUUCGAACCUGAAGAUCAGACCAUGUUACAACCAAUGGGCGAACACUCCAGGAGUAAAUCUCAGCCGUUGGAAACUGCAAUGUAGAGGGCCAGUACUGCCAGUACCAAGAAUCCACGAAUCCAAGAAUAGCACUUAAGUAAUUUUAUUCCGAGUACUUUUAAGUUGAUAAUUCGACAGAAAUGUGAUAUAGUUAUCAAUCUUACUAACACAAGUGAACAUUACACCGAGUGAUACAGAAAAAUAAAACGUUUAGGUUUUAAGAUCAACGACAAUAAUAUAGCAAGCAAUGUUGCGUCCAUGACUAUCUAGUGUAUCUAAUAUGAUUAUAUUUAUCAUUUUGUGUUCGUCGAUCGUCUCCCAGUGAAGUAAUUUGUAUCAGGAACGAUCGCAAAUACGCGGGAACAAAUUGUUAGAAAUAUUAAGACUGCCCGCUAGUUACAAAUGUUCAGUAAGUCUAUUUUUACUUUAAUAAGAUUCAUUCAUUACGUGUGCAAUUAUUUUUGAAAUGAGAGUUUUAUACGCGAAUGUUGAGUAUGUAUAGGAUUAAGAUUAGCAGAUGUUUAACAUAAUUAUUUUACUCUAAGUAAUCUACAGAUGAAAGAAGGAGACGCAAACGAUCUCUGAAUUUCUAAUUUAAAUAAAUACAUUUCAAGUUUUUAA